UCCAUCGCCCUGCCUUGGGCCUCGGAGCUGGGGGCUGCGGGGUGAGAGAGCCGGGGCCUCCGGGAUAAGCGGGGGCGCUGAGAAUGUGCGCUGUCGCCUCAGGAAUUUAACUUCUUGAGUGAUAUAAAAGGAGACCCAGAACUACUUGAGCAUGGCUGCUGAAAUGAACUUCUCUCCCCCUGAGGUCCCAGAGCCUACUUUCCUGGAGAACCUUCUUCGUUAUGGACUGUUUUUGGGAGCUAUCUUCCAGCUUAUCUGUGUUUUGGCCAUAAUCUUCCCCAUUUCGAAGUCUCAUGAAGGGGUAUGGCCUCUGCUUCCUCACGACUGCAAGUGCUCUUCUCCACCCUGCAAAUGCAACCCAUACCCAGAUGAGGAGCCUGAGGUGGAGAGAAGGGGAGGAAGUGGGAGAAAAGGAGAAAGAAAAUUUGGAGCACAAAGUUUUGCAGAGGUGAAUGUUGAAAACUAUAUUUUGAAAAUAAAAAGCUAUUAUUAAAAAAAAUAAAAAGAGAGAAAGCCCCCUUCCAAAGAUUUCUCUUCCUUGGUACACUAAAUAAUUAUGGACUAAUAAAUCUAAAAAGUCCCUUAGAAAUCAUCUGAUCUGACUGAGUUUUAUAGAAAAAGAUGUUGAGAACAAAGAAGAGGCAAUGUGUUUCUCAAAGUUAUAUAGCUAGAGAGAGUAGGAAAGAUGAUGGAGUAGGAAGAAACAAUACAGGUCAGCUGUCUAUUUCAGAUCUAGGGAUUUAAUUUAUACUCUGAUAAAAUAUUGUAACAAUGAACAAUUUCAAAAGACUUAACAACUUUAGUCAACACAGUGAUCAAUCAUGAUUCUCUAGGAUUGAAGAUUUAGAAUGUUGCUCAUCUCCUACCAGAGAUUUAUAUUUUAGCAGAUGGCUAAUUCAGGAAUUUAUUUUGCUUUACUAUAUACAUUUGUUGCAAGGACUUUUUUUUUUCCUUCUUUUUCUUGGAGGAGAUAGAAUGAAGAUGAUAGAUGAUUGUUAAUUGAAAAUAAUUUUAGUUUAAAGAAAAAAGAAAAAGGAUGGAGGAUUUCUUAGGGGUCAGUAGAUAACAGUAACUGGGUUCUGGAUAGGGUGAUAAAUUUGUAGAGCAUGAACCUCAAAGAAAAUGUUAUUGAGUAAUUUUAGUAGAGGAAGAAUCUGGAAGUAGCAUUGGGGAGCGAGAAGUAUUCUUCCUCUUCAGGAUCAGUGAGGUGGGAGGGGAGAGAUGAAUAGAAAGAAAAAUUGGUACCAUAAAGGAAGGCUUGGGAUGCAGAAUCAUUCAUUGGAACAAAGGACGCAGAAAGAAAAAAGAGUAUGAGAGGAAGAGAUCUAAUAUGGAGGAAAAUUUGUAUAUUAUAGAACACGACCUGUAGUAAAGGAAGGAACAGGCAAAUGUGAAAUGAAGCAUCAAGGGUAAAAGACUGUGAUAGAUGAGAGAUUAGGAAGCACAGAUUGGAGAGAGACUUAGUCUUUGGCAGUUUGGGAUUCAAUAUCAUAGGGAUGGAGAGAAUAAAGGGGGAUGAAGGUCUAUUAUAUGCUGGGGAAUAACUCCAGGCAAAGUAUAGAUGGGAGGAACUCUACUGAUGAAGGCAAUUUAUAGAUGGGUGCCGUAAUCAGCUUGUACUAGCUUGAAGAUUGUUAAAUUUUCAUUGUUAACUUUUAUACCUUGGAAAUCUGUGAAUGCCAUAAAUUAGGACUUGCUUCAUUGUUUUGAUUGUUUAAACUAAAAAUAGUGAUGGAGAAAAUGACAAUAAUACAGAUAUAACUUAAAAGUUUGCUGAGCCUUUUUUGGAAGCUGGUUAUUAAACAUUUACCUGCAUGUCACUGGAAGGUGAGUAGACCAUUCAGUCCCUUCUGAUAUCUAGUCUCACCUCAUAGUUUUUCCUUCUGUUUUCAUGUCAUAUGUCAUAUUCUUCUGAAAUAAAAGGCCUGGUGGUAUGAACCUUGGAUAGUAAGAAGGGAUGCACAAUA